AUUUAAGAUCCGGCAUUGAGCUUGGGCCGCAAUGGAUUUCUGGAACAAGGCUCGGAGCUUCGCCGAGGAAGCAGCGAAACGCUCGUCAGAGCUUUCUACAGGCCCCGCGAAGCUCGGCGAUAUAGUAACGGACGCUAUGAAACGGUCCAAGGAGAUCGCGGCCGAGGCGUCCAAACGGGCCGAAGAAAUCAAAGCCGAAGCCGCGAAGCAAGCUGAAUUCAUCAAGUCGUUGCUCGCCGAGGGGGUCACGCCUCCAGAAAACCCGGAGAGCCUGGUGGAACCAGAGAAGGAACUGGAGAGGUUUGGAAUUACUGAAGAGUUGAGAGAUUUCGUUAAGGGGAUUACUAUGAGCACCUUUCAAGAUUUUCCUUUACCUGAUGAUUUCCCAAUGUCUGAUGUUCCCCCAUGA